UCUCUCUCUGUGCCCUGUGAGUGCAGACAGGCACUGAGGGGCUGCUCUCCUCUCUCUCUGUGCCCUGUGAGUGCAGACAGGCACUGAGGGGCUGCUCUCCUCUCUCUCUGUGCCCUGUGAGUGCAGACAGGCACUGAGGGGCUGCUCUCCUCUCUCUCUGUGCCCUGUGAGUGCAGACAGGCACUGAGGGGCUGCUCUCCUCUCUCUCUGUGCCCUGUGAGUGCAGACAGGCACUGAGGGGCUGCUCUCCUCUCUCUCUGUGCCCUGUGAGUGCAGACAGGCACUGAGGCUGCUCUCCCCCCUCAGGCAGCAGCAGCAUGGCCGAGGGCAGCCCUGGCUCGCUGGCCUUUGGCCAGGUGGUGAUCGGCCCCCCCGGCUCGGGGAAGAGCACCUACUGCCAGGCCAUGCGCGAGUUCCUGGGGCGCCUGGGCCGGCGCGCGGCCGUGGUCAACCUGGACCCCGCCAACGAGGCGCCGGCCGGGCCGUGCGCGCUGGACGUCGGCCAGCUGGUGACGCUGGGGGACGUGAUGGCGGCGCUGGGGCUGGGCCCCAACGGGGGGCUGCUGUACUGCAUGGAGUACCUGGCUGCCAACGCCGACUGGCUGCGCGCCGGCCUGCGGCGGCUGCGCGGCCACUACCUGCUGCUGGACUGCCCCGGGCAGGUGGAGCUCUACACGCACCACCCGGCCCUCAGGGAGAUCUUCGCCCAGCUGGCCAAGUGGGGCUUCAGGCUGGCUGCCGUGCACCUGGUGGAUUCCCACUACUGCACAGAUCCUGGCAAGUUCAUCUCUGUGCUCUGCACCUCCCUGUCCACCAUGCUGCACGUGGAGCUGCCCCACGUCAACGUCCUCUCCAAGAUGGACCUGAUCGAGCAGUACGGGAAGCUGGCCUUCAACCUGGACUAUUACACCGAGGUCCUGGACCUCUCUUACCUCGUUGACCAUCUGGCCUCCGACCCCUUCUUCAGGAAUUUCCGCCGCCUCAACGAGAAGCUGGUGGAGGUGAUCGAGGACUACAGCCUGGUGUCCUUCGUGCCACUCAAUGUGCAGGACAAGCAGAGCAUGAGGCAGGUGGUGCAGGCUGUGGACAAGGCCAAUGGAUAUUCCUUCGGGGAGCAGGAGCAGCGCAGCCUGGAGGCGCUGAUGUCGGCAGCUGUGGGGGCCGAUUUCCACUUCUCUUCCACCCUGGCAGUGCAGGAGAAGUAUGUGCAAUCUCAGGACAAAACCGUGGAAGAGGAGGUGAUGGAUCUGUGACACGCCCUUCCCCGGCUCCUCUGCUUCUGACACCUCUCCUUUUCCUACCCGGAGCUUCAGCUGUGACUCAGAGCAGCUGAAACCCUCUCCAGGCAGAGUCUGGACUCCCUCUCUGGGGGGUUUGACCUGCUGAGCUCCAGGCCUGCUGCCCAGGGCAGGGAUUUGGCAGAGGGGGUGCCUGGGUGUCUUCCCUUAGAACAGAGGGAUUGAGCCAGGGGAGACAGGGAGGGCAUGGAGGAGGAGUGAGAUAAAGUCUCCCCCAUCAUGACCAAGACAGGUCCAGAGAAGGAAGAAUGGUCUGGAGCUGCCUCCCGUGCAGUGAGAGCUGAGGCACCAGGGCUGGCUUCGUGCAGGAGGAGCCUGCACAGCCCCACGCUGCCAGGGGAAUCUAGGCCCAGACGCCUCCACGCCGUCUCAGGGACAGAAAGAUGUUUGUUUUUCUUUUUCUUAGAAAUAAUGAUGGACUCUUUCUUAAUAAAACGCUCCUCGGUCUCACUUUCAUCUUGGGAGUUU